AUGGCAGUUUCCCUGGCACUUUCGUUAGACGGUCGCGCCGUCCCUGGGACUGUAAAGAGACCAGCAAAACGGUUGGGUCGUGCAACAUGUCGAAGUAGACUCCCGCGUGCAGCGGUUCUUGUCGUUGUGGCAAGUUUUUCCCUUGGUCUCACGUCGUCUCUCGCGGCAGCAGCAGCGGCAGAGUCCACGUCCAGCACUUGCGAGACGCGUGGCAAGCAGAUCUGGUGCAACUGCGGUCAGUCCGCAGGCGACAACUCGUUGUCCGCCGUUCUGUCAAGAGAGAACAAUGUGCUCAGUGUGACCUGCCCAGAGGGUCAAAAGUGUGCGCCUAGUGAGCUGAAGGACAAGCUCGUCUGUCAACUUGGCGCGGACGCGUUCACGUCGUGCGCCCUCGACCUCCACACACUUCUUGCCGGCCGACCGUCGAACGCGGUGUGGAAAGAUUGCUCAGAGGCGCAGAAAGCUGCAGAGGCUCCGUGCAAGACUCUCACGCUACCUCAAGAAAACUUCCCAUUCAUCGACGCAGGGUUUUUCGUGGGAUGUGAGCAGGGUGGCGAGACGAAAUGUACAGUAGCUGUGACGCUGGAGGCCAGGCCUAGCACGACAGAGGGACAGAUCGUGACGUGCGCCUACGGCACUACCAGCAAUCCUUCGCACCAAGCGGUGACGCUGAAUCCCUCCCAGAACAGCCUAACGCUAGUGUGUGGAGACAAGGGAGAAGUGCUGCCGCAGCGGUACGACGAGGCUUACUGUUCUUCAGAGCUGAAGGGAGACGAGGAUUCUUGCGAAGGGAACUACUCGUGGAUUCUCCCCGGGUACGAUCUGAAGUGGUGGACUAGGCACGCUGACUCGAACUCGUUCACUCUAUCGAUCCCGCCGGAAAGGUUUCCGGCCGAGGAAGCGAAGAUUAUUGUGGGAUGUCGGCAUACCAAGGCAGCAGCCUACAGUCAGAGAGAUCAAGAGCUUGCGUCGAGCUCGACUGUCUGCAACGUUGACGUGACCAUCGAGGCCAGCCUGGCGGUCGCUGUGUCGCCAACUGCUGCAGCGGUCUUUGGUGUAUUCGCGGGUGCGGCCGUGAUGACGGUACUAUCUCAAGACGCGUGA